CAAGCAGAUAGGUGCGUGCGAGACAGCGAAGUCCGCAGCAAAUGGCAAACAAACUUGACGUACACUAAAAAUUAGAGCUUGUUAUAUUAAUAAACACAUAUAGUAUAAUAAAAGAGAUUGUUCUUAUCAAUAAAACAAACUCGGCCUUGACUGGGAGCGGCACCAACCACCACCAGGCCACAGAUUGUCAAUGGUAGUGGCAGGCCGGUGAAAAACAACAAGAUAGAAACGAGAAGAGAAGGCCUGCCUCUCUCUUUAUGUAGAUAACUUGGAGGAAGGAUUAGGCCUACAAUAAUUGGUUAAUUUGGUUUUACAUAACAAUGAGUUUACUAAUACGUCGGAGUAGUAAAUGGUUACUCCAAAGGCAAAGAGUUUUUGCCCUGAGCAUCGUUUCAGUCUCGUCAUCAGGAGGAGAUCACCACCAGCAAUGGCAUACGAAUCAGAGAUGGAAAAAUGCGUAUCCUUUUUAUUGUCUAGGCGGUAUUAGUUUGGGGUAUUGGCUAUACACUAAGUCCAAUUCCAAAGUGGUCGCAGCUGAGCCAAUUAAAUUGGAUAUAGUAACCGAAGAGUCGGCACGAUUAUGGCAUAAGACACAACGUACCGAUUUGCCUACCUAUAAACCGGAGCAAGUGCAGCAGCAUAAUACACAUGAGACUGGCGUUUGGAUAACCUAUGGAUUGGGUGUCUAUGAUGUUAGUGAAUUUGCCCCCAAUCAUCCGGGUGGCGAUAAGAUUUUAAUGGCUGCUGGCAGUGCCAUUGAUCCAUUUUGGGCCAUCUAUCAGCAACACAAUAGCCUGGAGAUACUUCAGUUAUUGGAAUCGUUUCGUAUUGGUAAUCUAGAGCGCCCAGAGGGCAGUAAUAUUGAUGAUGAAGAAGAGAGUUCCCCUUGGUCAGAGGAACCGCAACGACAUGCCCUACUAAAGGCGGCCUCUCAGCGCCCUUUUAAUGCUGAACCGCCGAUUGGAAUGUUGGGCGAACAGUUUUAUACUCCCAAUAAGUUGUUCUAUGUGCGUAAUCAUUUGCCAGUGCCUAAUAUUACACCCGACGAUUAUGAACUGGAAAUCGAGAUGGAAGGUUCAUCGAAACAGUUGACAUUAAAAUUGGAGGACAUAAAGGCAUUGCCCAAGCAUACUGUGACAGCGGCCAUUAUGUGUGGAGGCAACCGACGUUCAGAAAUGACCAAGUUUAAGCCAGUCAAGGGCCUUUCUUGGGGUGCUGGAGCUGUGGGCAAUGCCAAAUGGUCAGGUGCUCGUCUAUGCGAUCUACUGCAAGCUCAGGGCGUACAGCCGAAUGAGAAGAAACAUGUGAUAUUCGAAGGUGCUGAUCUAGAUCCCACUUCUCAUCCGUAUGGUGCCUCAAUACCAUUGUCCAAGGCCCUAGAUCCGCGCGGUGAUGUCCUGCUGGCCUACGAGAUGAACGAUGAGCCAUUAACACGAGAUCAUGGCUAUCCCAUAAGGGUGAUAGUCCCCGGCACUGUGGGUGCUCGUAAUGUCAAAUGGUUGACGCGUAUUGUGGUAUCCGAUUCAGAAUCAGAUUCACAUUGGCAACAAAAUGAUUACAAAGGCUUCAGUCCGAGUACAGAUUGGGAUACUGUGGACUUCAGCAAGGCCGAUGCCAUUCAAGCAAUGCCCGUAACAUCGGCCAUAUGCUCACCAUUGCCGGAUGAGCACAUUAAAGUGAAUGACAAGGGUGAAAUUAAAGUGCAUGGCUAUGCCUGGAGCGGAGGUGGGCGUAAAAUUGUGCGAGUCGAUAUAACCAUUGACCAUGGUCAGACAUGGCACGUAGCGGAAUUGGAACAGGAGAAUAUUCCAGACGGACGCCACUAUGGAUGGUCCUUGUGGACUGUCCAUUUGCCCGUUGCUAAAAGUCAAACUGGACAAAAUGUCGAAAUUUGGGCCAAAGCUGUGGAUUCAGCUUAUAAUGUACAGCCGGAGAGGUUUGAAAACAUUUGGAAUUUGAGGGGAGUCCUCGCCAAUGCCUAUCACAAGGUCAAAGUGAAAAUUGUUAAAUAAAUCUGACUCAAACACAGAGCGAGAGAGCGAAAUAUUAUUUUUUAUAGAUAAGAAUUUGGAUUCAGUGAAUUGAAUGUGAUGAUAGUCACAAGAAUCAACUUUAUAUACAACCAGAUUGUGAAAAUUAUUAUCCUAAUUUGUUUUGAGUGCUACAUAUAGAAUAAAUUAUUCAUUUCAACCUGAUAA